AUGCAACCAGGCGGGCAAAGUCUUGUUGAUCGGCUUUUAGCCGCAAAAAAUACAAUUGCUGGACAAGCUCUAGCAAAAGUUGUUUGUAAGGCAACAACUGAAGAAAUUAUGGGUCCAAAACGAAAACAUCUUGAUUUUCUUUUACAAGCAACUAAUGAAAUGAAUGUAUCAAUACCUCAAUUGGCUGAUUUAUUAAUUGAGCGUACACAAAAUUCAUCAUGGGUUGUUUCAUUUAAAGCUUUAAUUACAAUACAUCAUUUGAUGUGUUUUGGAAAUGAACGUUUUGAAGCUUAUAUGGCUUCACAUAAUCAUAGACUUCAACCAGCUGCUUAUUUAGAUCGUAUGGGAAUGCCUGGUGGUGAUAUGUCGAAUUAUAUUCGACGUUAUGCAAGUUAUUUAAAUGAGAAACGAGAAUCUUAUAAAUUAAUGGGUUAUGAUUUUUGUAAAAUUAAACGAGGAAAAGAUGAUGGAGUUCUUCGAACAAUGCCUACUGAAAAACUAUUGAAAGCACUACCUAUUCUGCAAAAACAACUAGAUGCUUUACUUGAAUUUGAUGUUACACCUAAUGAACUUACAAAUGGUGUUAUAAAUAGUUGUUUUUUUCUCUUAAUCAAAGAUCUUAUACGUUUAUAUGCAGCUUUUAAUGAUGGAAUGAUAAAUUUACUUGAGAAAUAUUUUGAUAUGAAUAAAAAACAAUGUCGUGAAGCAUUAGAUAUUUAUAAGAAAUUUCUUGAUCGAACAGAUAAAGUUUCAAAUUUUCUCAAAGUUGCUGAAACAUCGGGUAUGGAACGAAGUGAAAUUCCUGAUUUAUCACGAGCUCCAAGUAGUCUUUUGGAAGCAUUGGAAAAUCAUUUAGCACACAUGGAAGGUAAAAAAUUAUCAUCGCAAACAUCAAUUUCAAGACAACAAACUGAACAAGAUUUAAAAAGUUUUUCACGUGAUUUAAUAUUUAAUGAUAGUGAUGAUCCACAAAAAAUUCUUGAAGAAGAAGCUAAAGCACUUGCACAAUUUAAUAAGAGUAAAGAUUCAUCAUCAUCUACAUAUACGCAACCACCACCAGCAACAACAACUAGCAAUAAUUUUGGCGAUACAGAUUUCUUUUCUCAACAAACAUCAAAUGGUCAACAUACAAAAUCAAGUACAACCGUACAACAUCAACAAUUAUUAACUGAUGAUCUUUUUUCACUUGCUACACCACCAUCACAAACAUCAACAAAUACAUUUUUUAAUAACAAUCAAAAUACUUUUCCUGCAUUUCAACAACCGCAACAACCAUUCCAUAAUGUUCUUGAUACAUCAGUGCCUAAAAUAGAAGAAGCUCCUCCAUCAAAUGAAACAUCGAUAGUAACAAAUAUAACUGAAGCAAACUUUUUCGAUGAUAUUCUUCAACCAACAUCGAUGUCAUCCAAUAAAAAUACACCAUCAAUCCCAUUAUUUACUACUAAUCAAAACAUUCCAUCAACAACUAAACCACUUCAAUCAGGUGAUCUUAAUUCAUCUCUUAAUCAAUUAUUAGAAAAUCUUGAUAUAAAAGAUCGUUCGAAAAUUGGAAAAGAUCAUCAAUGGACACCAGGCGAUAGUAAAAAUCAACAAAAAAUUGGUAUUGGAGGUGGAAGUAUAAUUAGUCCUGGUACAACAUGGCCAAGUCAACCACCAAUGAUGGGCGCACAGUUUGGUAGUAUGAGUGUUCAACAAAAUACGAUGUGGCAACAAUCAGCACCUCAAACAUCAUCGACCAAUCCUUUUGCUGCUCCUACUGGUCAAUCACAAAUGGGAUUUGGCAGUAUGGGACCUCGACCAAUGGGUGCAGGUACGAAUCCAUUUGCUGCUCAACCAUCAUUCGGCGCUUCACCAUUUGGUCAACAACCAAAGCAAAAUCAGCAGCAAGUUAAUGAUCCAUUUGGCAGUCUUUAA